AUGAGGGGUGUUGCGCGCGGCAGGGCUGACGGCAGCGACGGGGCGGCAGUGAGCGAGGGAGACGCCACACGAACUGAAGCAAAAUCAGGGAAGGGAGACGCUGAAGCGUGCCUCAAUUGCGAUCGAUCGACUUCGCUUGGGCCGCCCUUGGGUCUUUCCUGCUUCAGCGCCGGCUCGUGCGACCUUGGGCUCGCUAACCUCUUUCGCGGCAUGGGCGGUGUGAACUCGGUCGUCGAGAAAGAGAAGCUGGCGUGGGCAAAGGACCACGACCUGAACACCGACCACGACGAGCGCGAGAAACUGCUGCCGCUGCUCGACAACUUUCCCAUCGGCUCCGAGAUUCAGCUUUGCUGGCAGCUGAAGCAAGCCGGAGGUGGCUUCAUCGAGUACGAGCACUUCUUCAUCUCAAACAAAAAGUGGAUCCUCGAGUUCGGAAGCGGCGAUCCGAUGAAUAACACCGUCACCGUCCACGGCAAUUCCCGCAAGAACUACUGCACCAAGGAGAACAAGGUGCUCGUGGACAAGGGCGUGCGCGACCGCAUGGCACACGUCCUCGGCAUGACCAACUACUCGCUCCUGCUGCGAAACUGCGAGCACGUCGUCAACUAUGUCGCCUACGGCCGGUGGACGAGCAUGCAGACUGUCGGGCAGGGGCACAUCUCCUCUGCUCUGAUCGACUACAUGACUGACCAGAGCCACCGGUCCAUUCGCAACACGCUUCCGAAGCAGCUGCAAGUCAACGACCGCGGCAUCGCACAGCCACCGCUCUAUCCCGGCGUGUCGCCGAUCGUGGCGUACUCGCGGUCAGAGCAGUCUAUCCAGAUCGGCGACGAUUCGGCGUACAACGUCCUCGUCAUGGGCCCGACGGGCGCUGGCAAGUCGAGCAUCAUCAACCUUUUCUUCAACAAAAAGAUCUGCGAGUCCGAGGACUCCGUGGACUCGGUCACGAGGAACAUCGAGUUCCACGUCGGCCGUGGCGAGUGCGUAGUCAACGGAGUGCGCGGCGUCCACGACAUCAACCUCAUCGACAGCAUCGGCUUCUGUGACUCGGAGCUCUCUAGCAAGGAUGUUGUCGCGUUGCUCAAGCAGCAGGUUCUGGGAAACGUGGGACGCAUCCAUAAGGUGUUGGUGGUGACUUCGGGCCGCAUUCGCAAGGAGGAGGAGGAGUCCAUCAAGCAGAUGCUGAAGUGGCUAGGGUAUGAUCCCUGGUGGGACAAGGAGACCAAUUUCUCAUUCAUCUUCGUCUACACCAAGACCGACGGGCAGUCCGAUGAGCAGAAGCAACGCAACCUGCUCAAGAUGUGCGAGAGGCUGGACAUACGGACAACCGCCCUCGUUAACACCGCCACCAACGAGCAAGAGAUGAAGUUCAUGGCAGUGGCCUUUCCUCCGACGGCGCCCUUUCGCGAAAUCGAGAACGACUACAAGUGGCUGCAGAAGGUGAUCUUCACCACGGACGCUGUCACACAGCCCAUUCCGGUGCAACGGUCGAUGUGCGCAAUCAUGUGA